AAACUCUCACAAGCCACGCCCCUUCCCCUUUCUCUCUCUCUCUUCCCUCAAAAGGGCUUUUCCCCAAUUUAAACUCUUCAAAAAUUCCUCAAUACACAUAAAUCUUUAUCUCGCGUAUGGCCUUUCACACAGCUUGCCCAAUUACCUGUCGAAAGAUCUGCUUCUGCCCUCAUGGGUUCCCGAAGGGUAAAAAUGAGUUCUUUGGAGAUGUGACUAAGCUUGAGGAGUUUCUCAAGGACCCAUGGGGUCUUAAGGCCAAACAACCUGCUACAAUUCAGGUUAAGGUGCCCAAGCUUAAUGUUGCUCCACCCCCACAGGCGCCUGUAGGUGAUGGGGGAGGUGGAAGCGGCGGGGAUGGUGAGGAGGCGGCUGCUAUUGCUUCAGCUCAGACUAAGCGUGUUGCUUUGCAGAAAAAAGCUGCUGCUGCAUCUAUGGUGGCUGAGGAUUUUGCUAGACGAUUUGAGUCUGGUGAUGUGGAGGGCUCCAUGAAAGAUGUUGGUGGAGAAGAACAGGGUCUAUCGAAUGUCAAAGUGAUGUGUAGGCUAUGCUUUUCCGGUGAAAAUGAAGGAGGUGAAAGAGCAAGGAAAAUGAUGUCAUGCAAAAGUUGCGGGAAGAAGUAUCACCGAAACUGCCUGAAAGCUUGGGGUCAACAUAGAGAUCUCUUCCAUUGGAGUUCAUGGACAUGUCCGUCAUGCCGGCUUUGUGAGGGCUGUCGAAGAACUGGAGAUCCAAACAAGUUCAUGUUUUGCAAAAGGUGUGAUGCAGCUUAUCACUGUUACUGUAUGCAGCCUCCACACAAGAACGUCAGCAGUGGGCCUUAUUUAUGCCCCAAACACACGAAGUGUCACAGCUGUAGUUCUAAUGUUCCAGGAAACGGACUGAGCGUGAGGUGGUUUUUAGGAUACACUUGUUGUGAUGCCUGUGGAAGAUUAUUUGUGAAGGGAAACUACUGUCCUGUUUGUUUGAAGGUAUAUAGAGAUUCUGAAUCAACCCCUAUGGUCUGCUGUGACAUUUGCCAGCGCUGGGUGCACUGCCAAUGCGAUGGCAUCAGCGAUGAAAAAUAUUUGCAGUUUCAAGUGGAUGGAAAUUUGCCUUAUGCUUGUCCAACAUGCCGCGGAAAUAGUUAUCAGGUGAGAAAUCUUGAGGAUGCUGUUCAGGAGCUUUGGAGGAGGAGAGAUGUAGCUGAUAAGGAUUUAAUUGCAAGUUUGAGGGCAGGAGCUGGGUUGCCAGUAGAAGAUGAAAUAUUUUCUAUUUCACCCUUUUCAGAUGAUGAAGAUAGUACUCCUGUAGUAAAAAAUGAACAUAGUCGAUCUUUGAAGUUUUCUCUUAAAGGUUUAGUUGACAAAUCUCCCAAAAAGAGCAAGGAAUAUGGAAAGAAAUCUUCUUACAAGAAAUAUGGUAAAAAGAAGGGGUUAACUGGACCAAAUGAAGGACACCCUGAUGCUCCAUCAGGUGGAUAUAGUGCUGGUGAUGUCAAGAAUGAAGAAUUGCAGGCUUAUGGGGAAUUGGAUAGCUUUUCUUCUCCUGUUGGUAGCUUGACAGAAGGUAUAUGUUCAAUUAAUCAGGCAGGGGUCAUAAAGCACAAAUUUAUAGAUGAGGUUACUGGAAACACGGGUAAGAGGACAGUCCAAAUGAAAGGUAGCAAGCCUCAACGUUUGGAUGAGGAUGAUGUUGGAAUUCAAACAAGCAUGCCAAAGACCUCUAAGGGGCCAAAGCUUGUUAUACAUUUGGGCUCGCGGAAUAAAAACAUAGCAGGUUCCCCGAAGUCCGAUGCUUCAAGCUGUCAGAAAGAGCAAGAUUUGACUACUUCAAAUGGUAGUGAGGAUCUAGUUCAGCUGAGAGAGAAUGAGAACUCGGAAAGGAAUGACACUGCAGCUAAACUUGGUGGUGGAAAAGGACAUAAGGUGGAUCAUAUGGACCAAAUAAAGGGUCAAAAUCAUAGGGGUAAAGAAAGCAACUUAAUAAAGAUCAAGAAAGUUAGCUCAGAAGGUACUAAUUUGCCUGCCAAAGUUGGUGGAAAUUUUGCCGAUGGAUCUGGACCUUAUCCUCCAGUCAAGACUUUUGGUAUAAUAGGAAAAAGAAGCAAUGACGGUAGUGUUAUUACAAGGGCUGGAGCUGAAGUUCCUGCUACAAGGGACAACAAAUUGGCUUCUGUAAAACAUGCUGAAGCUGGGCCCGCUUCUUGUGAUGACCUGAAUGACGAGAAAAAUAGCACACCUUCAGUAUCAAAUUCAACGAGAAAGGAUCCAAAACCUCUCCUAAAGCUCAAGUUCAAGAAUCCUUACCAUGAAAAUCAAAAUGCCUGGGCUUCUCCGGGAGAGGAGGAUAAAAGCAUGGUUAAGGGCCAGAGGUCUAAGAGAAAGAGAGCACCAACCUUUGGAGAAAAAGCAUCAACCAGGGCAGAUGAUAAUUCAUCACAGCGGUAUGAAGACAAUACAAUGGAUGAGUUCUUGGAUGCUAACUGGAUACUGCAGAAGUUGGGAAAAGAUGCAAAAGGAAAGCGAGUGGAAGUUCAUCAUUCGUCUGAUAAUACCUGGCAUAGAGGGACAGUCGUAGAAGUCUUUGAAGGGUCAUCGGUUGUGUCUGUUGCUCUUGAUGAUGGGAAGAAGAAGAACUUGGAACUUGGAAAGCAAGGAAUACGUUUUGUAUCUCAGAAGCAAAAACGUUGAUUGCUAUUAAAAUUGGUUAUUAGAUGCAGCAUAUUGCGACUUCUGAUACCAAGAGCAUGAACAACUGCUGAUUCCUAGAGUUGUUCUUCUUUGGUGGACUCUUAAGGAAGUAACUGAUCAUUGCAGGUCGAAUUUCAAGAUUACUGCUCCCUGCAUCAUGUGUUAGCUAACCUUUGCUUACCAGAUUUACAUGUAAGGUCGUUGGUUGGUUCUGUUUUAUUGUUACCUUUUGUUUCCCAGUGUACAGAUUCUCUUUGUGGUCAGAGGUAGAACACAGUUGUUGAGCCUUUUGGUGUUACUUUAGAUUAAUCUUUGCUGGAUUUGCAGUUUUAAUGUAAAAUUUCUAGAGAUUAGAAAGUUCUGUUCCUACUGGUUGUAACUCAGGGUAGAUGAGAUUUUUAUACUUAUUGAAACACACGCAGUAUCACUCUACACUUUCUGAAAUUUGUGAUCAAAUCACUUUGUAUCAUUGUAUCGGUAUAUUAGUGUGUUAUUCGAUCCUAAAUUCAAACUAGAAAUAUUUCAGAUACAA